CAAACUCCGUACAAUUGAAACCAGCAAUUUUAGUUAAAAUAAUUACUCCAUUAACUAGUAAUAGUGAAGACUAUUUCAGACACAUAGACAUGUAGACAAUUUUUGUGCUUUCGCUUUCCCUAAUUAUAUCAUUUGAUACUUUCUCUUUUUUCCUUCAGAUGCCUUUGUGUGUAUAUAGCAUAUUUAUGUAGAGUAAGUUCACACAAAUAUAAACUUACAUAAACUCCUUGCUUAAUUUAUCUUACUCUACUUUUCGUCUUUAUAAGAGAGAGAAUCUAGGGUUUUUCGUCUUCUUAUAUUUUCUGGUUAAGGUUACAAGGUAUUCGUUUAACUUUCUUUGGGUUCUUGAUAAGAAAUGGGAAGGGGAAGAGUUCAGUUACGGCGGAUCGAAAACAAGAUAAGGAGACAAGUGACAUUUUCAAAGCGAAGAACGGGUUUGGUAAAGAAAGCUCAAGAGAUCUCAGUGUUAUGUGAUGCUGAUGUUGCUUUAAUUGUCUUCUCCCCAAAAGGCAAGCUCUUUGAGUACUCUGCUGGUUCAAGCAUGGAAAGCAUUCUUGAUCGAUAUGAGAGAAGUUCCUACGCUGGUCAAAAUAUUCCUACCCCAAGUUUGGAUUCACAGGGUGAGUGCUCAAUAGAAUGUUCGAAGCUCUUGAGGAUGAUUGAUGCUAUGCAAAGAAGCUUAAGGCACUUAAAAGGAGAAGAGGUUGAUGCUCUAAGUAUCAGAGAGCUACAGGGUCUGGAGAUGCAACUUGAUACUUCCCUCAAGAGAACUCGCUCUAGAAAGAACCAGCUCAUGCUAGAGUCCAUAGCACAGCUCCAUAAAAAGGAGAAGGAACUCACAGAACUGAAGAAACAACUAACAAAGAAGGUUGAUCAAAGAGAAGACAUUGAGCCUCAAAACCUCAGCCAAGGGUUAGCCUCAUUGGCAGCGCCACCAUGUGAGCCACCGCAACCGUUGCCCGGACCUAUAUCUCCCAAUCCUCCUUUACCUCUUGGGAACAUCUCGCAAAGGAAUGAAGUUGGAGAAGUAGAUAGUGGAACCCUAAUAAUUCGACCAAAAAAUACAACAUUGCCGCACUGGAUGCCCCGGCUCACUGGAGAAUAGAGGUCCAAAGGCCAUCUCGGUUUGUUAUUUUCAGUACUUAAUAUCUACUUACCUAGUAAGGAAAUAACUUCUCGGUUUAAGUUGAACCAAAUCCCGGAUAACCGGCAUAAUUAAGAUGUUUUAAAGUUUUCAAACUUCGAAACGAAUUUUAUAAAAGUGUGUAUCUUGAAUGUAAUGUUGUAUAUUUUAUUAAUGAUGGUAGCUUAUAUUUUGUGAAUUUA